CGGGAGCGGCCGGGCAGUUUAACAGGGAGAGAAAACCCUCCUUUUCCCGACAGGCAGCCGCGGAACCCCGCAGGCUGCCGCCCGUUUUGCACGGCUAAGGGGCCCGGGGAAUGCCGAUUCCCGGAGGGAAAGCCGGCGGGAUCGCCUGAGGCGGCGCGCGCCCCCCUCAGCGCGGCCGCGCGCGCGGGAAGAGGCGGGGCCGGGCGGGGGCGGGGCCGGAUUCGAACCGGGCGGCGGGGAAGCGGCGGCCAUGGCGGCGCAGCAGCAGCAGCUCGGCCGGGAGCACCAGGGCAUCACCCUCCGCGGCAGCGCCGAGCUCGUCGCCGAGUUCUUCUCCUAUGGAAUCAACAGCAUCCUGUACCAGCGGGGCAUCUACCCCCCCGAGACCUUCACCCGCGUGCAGAAGUACGGGCUCACCCUGCUGGUCACCACGGACCCCGAGCUGGCCAACUACCUCAACAACGUGACGGAGCAGAUGAAAGAGUGGCUGUACAAGUGCAUCGUGCAGCGCCUGGUGGUGGUCAUCUCCAGCAUCGAGAGCAGCGAGGUCCUGGAGCGGUGGCAGUUUGACAUCGAGUGUGACAAAACUGCAAAGGAUGACAAUGGACCACGGGAGAAAUCUCAGAAGGCAAUUCAGGAUGAAAUUCGCUCUGUCAUCAGACAAAUAACUGCCACAGUAACCUUCCUGCCACUCUUGGAAUCUGCCUGUGCCUUUGACUUGCUGAUAUACACAGAUAAAGAUUUGGCAGUGCCAGAAAAGUGGGAAGAGUCAGGACCACAGUUCAUAGCCAAUUCAGAGGAGGUUCGGCUGCGUUCCUUCACUACCACAAUCCACAAAGUCAACACCACGGUGGCUUACAAGAAGGAUUCUGUUCCCUAAGAUGCAGGGGCAAGCUUUGUGUGUGUAAAUACGCUGUCACCUUGUAUAGUUUCUGUUCAUCAUGCAGCUAAUCUGUGAGCACAUCAUUACUGUCCUCUUGAUAAAGCAGGACACAAAGACAAUGUGCCUGUGAUUAUGUGACACUAGACUAAGCUAGCAUAAUUUUAAAACAGAUUUAGAAAAGGUAUUCAUGGUCAUAGUUCAAUUCUUACUUUACUGUAUGAGCUAAACUAAUAGUGUUAAACCACUGCCUCUGCUAGAAAAACUGCCUAAAUCUGGGAUUAGCUGCUAGAUUUGUGUUCAGAUCCUGUAAUUUUAUAUUUUAGAAUUAUUUUUAAACUCCAUUCUGUUAGCAGUCUUAAAAGUCUCUGUAGCAAUUAAAAUAAUCUCAUUCCUAGUGUGCCAGUUUUCAUGUUAGAAGCCUGGGCUGUUUUAUUACCAGAAAUAACCCUAAAACGAAUCAACCAAACAAUUCUUGUACUGCUCUACAAUGGAAGCAGCUGUUUAUCAGGAAAACUUUAAAUACAUGAAGCCCUCUAUUUUAAUGACCACUGGGCUCUAGUUCUGGGGACAGAGUUGCUCUGUGUACGUCUGUAGUGUCUGUCCAGCAUUUUCUAUGUUUCUAUUGUUUUACAGAAUAAAGCUUUGAGUUUUAUAGUGUUCUCUAAUUCAGAGUCUGCACUCCUUCGUGUUUCCGAUGGUUUUAUGAAUGCUACAUCCUAGUUUAUAACUGUCACACAUGUAACAUCCAAAAGGCAUCCUCCUCCUCUGGUUACUUAAAUGUUUCCUUCCUGAGUCUCCAAGUGGUGUGGAGUCCGCAGGAAGUCCAUUCAUGGAUUAAUAGUUUGCUCCCACCUAAGUCUUCAAAUAGGAGUUUAAAUAGUCACAGUGAACCAAUGGCAGUGCCUUCCACGGUUGUUGAACAGCACUGGACUCUUCAUGUGUCCUUAGCCAUUUCUGUAGUUCAAGAAAUUAGGGAUUUAAAUCUCCAGCACUUUCAGACUCUUCCAUGGUUUUCUUCAUUUCCUUCACUAAAUUCAUUCCAGCCAGAGUGUUUAACUGGUUUUUCCACUCUUUUACAGUUAUGUAGGACCUUCUGUUAUAAUAAUAUAAUUUCAAAAGUUUAUUUUAAAAACAUCAAUUACAUAUACCUCACCCCAUGACUGUAUUACAACCUUUUUGGGCUUUCCUGUUUCCAGGAUAUCAUUCUCCCUAGCAGUCCCAAUCCAGCAGAAGUAAAAAAAACAACAA